AUGACAGCAACAGUAACAGUUGAUCAGCAAAAACAAUGUCGACAAGAUGCAGAAGCUGUAGAAAAUUUUGCUAAACGAUAUUAUGAUAUAUUUGAUACACGAAGACAUGAUAUUUCAAAAUUUUAUCAAGUAGAAGCAAAAUUAAUUUGGAAUGGAAAUGAAUUAGCUGGACGAGAAGCAAUUGCGAAACAUCUUAUAGCAUUACCAUCGACAGAAAAUACGAUUUAUUCAUUAGAUUUUUUUCCAAUGAAAGAUCUAUUCCCAGAUGAAACAACAACUUAUCAAGUAUUUGUUAGUGGUGCAGUUGCAUAUGGUAAAACAGAUAAAACAAGAAAUGCAAAAGAUAAAAAACUUUUUUCACAUAUUUUUGUGUUAACUGUUGAUGUUGCUUCAUCGAUAUGGGUCAUUGCUAAUGAAUGUUUUCGUUUUCAUGAAUAA